CUCCACAGUGGAAGAGGGAAAACAAUCGUGCUCUUGUAAUGCCACCCCUCCCCAAUCGCCACAUAGCUCUAGCCAACGUUGAGCCUUAGAGCAGGGAUUCAACUACACACAGGGCGACAAACUUAAUGCAUUUCCAAGACCCCUACGGUUGACCGCAACAAACGGCUUAGCUACGUCUGUCAGCAUAAGCUGAAGUCGUCUCAAAAGGACAAGGUUCGUCAGUUCAUGACCUUUACUCAGUCUGGGGAGAGGACAGCUGUGUACUGCCUGACCCAGAAUGACUGGAAACUAGAGGUGGCCACAGACAACUACUUCCAGAACCCCGACCUCUACUAUAAAGAAUCCAUGAAAACCUCUGUGGACCGCAAGAAGCUAGAGCAGCUCUACAACCGCUACAAAGACCCCCAGGAUGACAAUAAGAUCGGUAUCGAUGGGAUCCAGCUGUUCUGUGAUGACCUCACCCUGGACCCGGCCAGUAGGAGUGUUCUGGUGGUGGCCUGGAAGUUCCGUGCCGCCACACAGUGUGAGUUCAGCAGGAAGGAGUUCCUCGACGGCAUGGCCGAGCUGGGCUGUGACAGUCCAGAGAAGCUGAAGGCUCUGCUCCCCAGACUAGAACAGGAAGUCAAAGACACGGCCAAGUUUAAAGACUUCUAUCAGUUCACCUUCAACUUCGCCAAGAACCCUGGACAGAAGGGACUAGAUCUGGAGAUGGCUGUAGCCUACUGGAACCUGGUUCUAACAGGUCGAUUCAAGUUCCUGGACCUCUGGAACAGGUUUCUAUUGGAGCAUCAUAAGCGGUCGAUCCCCAAAGACACGUGGAACCUGCUACUGGACUUUGGUAACAUGAUCGCAGACGACAUGUCCAACUACGACGAGGAAGGAGCUUGGCCCGUCCUCAUAGACGACUUUGUGGAAUUUGCCCGGCCAAUCGUGACAGGGAGCAAGCGUAAAACCAUAUAGGUCAUACCCAGUUCCCAGCAGGGGCUGAGGAUUUUAUACACACCAGCCAAAAAGAGACUUCUACAAGACUGUCCAAGUUUGUGAGACUGAGCUGCCAAUCAGGGGCUGGGGAGCGACAUGACAGCCAAUCGGAGAGAAGGAAAACAACAACAGGAAGAGGAAGUUAUCUUUUUUCUUUGUUUUGGGACUGAGUCACUCCGGGAGGCGGGCUGUCAGCAGGGGGUAGGAUCGUCGCGGAGCUAUGAGCUCUGCUCCCAUUGGCUGGCUGGAUCAAAGUGAUCGGCCAGCGACUACAGUACCAUACACCAGCCACCAUCAGAUCAGUGGGUGUGUUUAUAGAUUCUAGAACUGGUGCUCUGGUCCCACCCCCCCCACCCGGCCCCGCCCCCUCCUUACUAAAGAACGACCAGGGAGAGCAAACAGAAGGGCAGAGAGGGAUGGCCGGUUUGCUCUCUGCAGACCGACAGAAGGGUGUGAUAUUUGAUCCAGUGGAGGCUGCUGAGGGGAGGACGGCUCAUAAUAAUGUCUGGAACGGAGCGAAUGGAAUGGAAACCAUCCCACUGACUCCGCUCCAGACAUUACCACGAGCCCAUCCUCCCCUAUUAAGGUGCCACCAACCUCCUGUGGUCUGAUCCCACAGUAGUAAGACUGUCCUCUCUGCCGGCCCAUGAUGGAUGAACUAGGAGCUUGGAGGUUCUGCAUGUGUUUCUGGUUGAGCGUUAAGCGGCUGAGUGGACGGAAGAACAACAACAACUGUUUUAUUAUUAUCAUUGAGUUUCUUAUCAUCGAAUCAGAGGUGAGGGAUGUGGUCGUCAUCCAAUCCAACGCCAGUGUAAUGUUCUGCUUCCAUUUCAAUCUAACGUGUAAAAGUUGGGUCAGUUUUGUUGUUAAUAUGUGAGGUUCAGGGUCUGUAUCCACAAAGCUUUUGAGAGUAGGAGUGCUAACCUGGGAUCAGUUUGGCCUUUUAGAUAAUAAUGAAUACAAGAGAGGACCAGAUCCUAGUGCUGAUCUGGGAUCAGUUUGGCCUUUUAGAUAAUAAUGAAUACCAGAGAGGACCAGAUCCUAGUGCUGAUCUGGGAUCAGUUUGGCCUUUUAGAUAAUAAUGAAUACCAGAGAGGACCAGAUCCUAGUGCUGAUCUGGGAUCAGUUUAGCCUUUUAGAUAAUAAUGAAUACCAGAGAGGACCAGAUCCUAGUGCUGAUCUGGGAUCAGUUUAGCCAUUUAGAUAAUAAUGAGUGAGAUCACAUGAACAGAGAGGACCUGAUCCUAGAUCAGCACUACUACUCUGAGACGCUUUAGGAAUACAGGCCCAGUUCAGAUCCACUGUGGUAUUCAGAUAGAACCGGACCGACCAACAGAGCAGCAUGCUUUAAAGCUCAACACCAGCAGAAAUACUAUUGCUACAGUUGGAACAUACUGGAACCAUAGGAUUCAUGUAUAGAUAUACCAUUUUAGAAUAAUGAAUACAAUAUAAAAAAGACACAAUGACAUUUAUAAUCAUGAGAGAGAGGAAGAAGUAUUUGAAAUGUGUACGAGGUCCUCAGAUUUCUAGGCCGCGUCCCAAACUGUACCCUAUUCCCUAUAUAGUACUGGUGAAAAGUAGUGCACUAUAUAGGGAACAGGUUUGUCCAUUUGGGAUGCGCCAUGUCUCCAAGCUUUCCGUUUGAUCUGAGUUGGUUUGUUUGGGGUGUAACUGCUCACAUCACCAGAGACCAGACUGUUGGUCUGGCACUUCUUUGAUUUUCACAAGCAACGCACAGGAAGUUGAAUCUAUGAAUCGUAUUCAGUCUACAACACUGUAUAUAGUUCAUAGUUGAAUCUAUGAAUCAUAUUCAGUCUACAACACUGUAUAUAGUUCAUAGUUGAAUCUAUGAAUCAUAUUCAGUCUACAACACUGUAUAUAGUUCAUAGUUGAAUCUAUGAAUCAUAUUCAGUCUACAACACUGUAUAUAGUUCAUAGUUGAAUCUAUGAAUCAUAUUCAGUCUACAACACUGUAUAUAGUUCAUAGUUGAAUCGUAUUCAGUCUACAACACUGUAUAUAGUUCAUAGUUGAAUCAUAUUCAGUCUACAACACUGUAUAUAGAUCAUAGUUGAAUCUAUGAAUCAUAUUCAGUCUACAACACUGUAUAUAGUUCAUAGUUGAAUCGUAUUCAGUCUACAACACUGUAUAUAGUUCAUAGUUGAAUCUAUGAAUCAUAUUCAGUCUACAACACUGUAUAUAGUUCAUAGUUGAAUCUAUGAAUCAUAUUCAGUCUACAACACUGUAUAUAGUUCAUAGUUGAAUCUAUGAAUCAUAUUCAGUCUACAACACUGUAUAUAGUUCAUAGUUGAAUCUAUGAAUCAUAUUCAGUCUACAACACUGUAUAUAGUUCAUAGUUGAAUCUAUGAAUCGUAUUCCGUCUACAGCAGCAGUUUAAAUCAAAUCUCAUGUUAUUGGUCACAUACAGGUGUUUAUCAGAUGUUAUUGCAGGUGUAGUGAAAUGCUUGUCAACAUGCCCCAGUUCUGUUUUUAAACAGUUUCAGUUGUUAGUGUUGUUUUGGUUAGUCGUCAUGGGUUACUGCUAGCCAGCCCAGUGAAGUGAAUGUUAUAGUACUUUCAUCAGACCAGACUGAGACACGUCUACUAGCUACCCCACACACACACACACACACACACGGACCAUCUCAGUAACAGACAUGAUUCCUCUAACACAGCAGGUAAUAGGAGUUCUCCUUCAUUCUCUGGAAAUGUUCCUGAGAUUUUGGGCUGCACCUCGUCUGUCUCCCAAAUGGCACCUUAACUUUGCACUAUGUAGGGAAUAGGGUGCUAUUUGGGAGGUAUGUCUAAGUUACACUUGUUAUGCCACAUGUUCUUAGACAAUUGCACUCACAUCUGGGGGAAGUAAUAAAAACAUUCUGUUCAGUGUUGACGUGUAACGACAGGAGAAGACUGAGACUAUGGAAGAGAGAGAGACGUCCAUUUCUCCUCUGAACUUCCUACACAACGAACACGGUACGGUACGGUACACUACGCUACAGUGAGGUACGGUACACUACGGUGAGGUACGGUACACUACGGUACGGUGAGGUACGGUACACUAUGGUACGGUACACUACGGUACGGUGAGGUACGGUACGGUACACUACGGUGCGGUGAGGUACGGUACGGUGAGGUACGGUACACUACGGUACGGUACACUACGGUACGGUGAGGUACGGUACGGUGAGGUACACUACGGUACGGUGAGGUACGGUACGGUGAGGUACGGUACACUACGGUGAGGUACGGUACGGUACACUACGGUACGCGCUGAGAGAGUGUCCAGUGUGUUGACUGUCUGUGCGUUAGUCAUAUUCAGCUCAUCACGUCAGUAUUAUUUUCACUGAGAGAAAAGAAAAAGCAUUUAAAACAUUUGUCUUUCUGCUAUGGAGACAUUAUACAUUACUUUGUUUUGGCAAAGGAAGGUCCCGUCAAUAAAGCAUGUUGUUUUUAACACAAAUGGAA